GGGAAGGGGCGGUGCUGCCCGGCCCGCUCCGUGCCCGGCUGUGUCCCGGGCCCUGUCCCCAGCCAUGAUCUGUGCCCCUGCCCGGUACCUGGUGUUCUUUCAGUACUUUGGCACCAGGUACAGUGGGGUUAUGGAGACCAGGAGUGAUCAGGCCCUGGUUGGAGUCCAGAAUUAUUUGGAGGAAGCAGCACAGAAGCUGAGGCCCAGCGCUCCCAUCAAGUUCCACAUCUCCAGCCGGACGGACACGGGUGUCCACGCGCUGGCCAACGCCGCCCACCUGGACAUCCAGAGGGCUCCAGGCAAGGCAGCUUUCACUGGCAAGCAGCUUGUCCAGGGGCUCAACUACCACCUCAGGCCUGAGCCCAUCCGCAUCCUCAGUGCCCAGAGAGUGCCCAGUACCUUCCACGCCCGUUUCUGUGCCCUCUCCAGGACCUACCUGUACCGGCUGCUGCUGGGCUGUGCCCACUACUCCCAGAUCCCAGUGUUCGAGCGGGAUCUCUGCUGGGCUCCUGCAGGAGGCCCCCUGGACAUCCCUGCAAUGAGGGAAGCAGCAAAAUUCCUGCUGGGAACCCACGACUUCAGCACCUUCCGCUCGCUCAACUCCGAGUCGGCGUUCCAGAGCCCCAUCAGGACCCUGCUCCAGCUGGAAAUCCAGCCCUCUCCUGGGUUCCUGUCCCACCACUACGAGCACAGGGAACUGGAGUUCUGGGAGGUGAAGGUCAAGGGCAGAGCCUUCCUUUACCGACAGGUGCGGAGGAUGGUCGGGGCUCUGGUGGCCGUGGGCCAGGGGAAGUUGGCCCCUCACCACAUCCAGGAGCUGCUGGAGGCGAAGGAUGCCCGGGCUUUACCCUCUUACGCCAUGGCCCCGGCCUCGGGGCUGUUCCUGAAAUCCGUGGAGUACAGCCAGGCAGAUCUGGCCACUCCGAGUGCCCCGGCAGAAGAGGAGCUCUGUGGGCUGAGCUGAAAGGACUCUUGUGGCUCUGGGGUGGGAACAGGCCAAGUGGCACAGCCCGGCCUCAAUAAAAACCAUUGACUGUGGCUGCAGGGGCUGCCUGCCCGGGGGCAAAAGGAGGAACCAUUUUGUGCUGCUCUCUUUCUUCUGGCUUCUCUCUGAAGUUCUGCUGCCUGCCUCUGCAGGACGAAGGAGUGGGGCUGGGUGGUUUUGAUAUUCUGGGGUGUUUUUUCCUCCUGUGGGGUGUGUGGGAGGAAGGCAGGCUGAGAGCAGAGGAGAAAACGCAGCAUUUCUUGUUCUCACCAGCCCUUUGUGAGCUGGCUUUGUUUGAUGAGGGGUUUACAGAAAAGCCUUUGGGAGUGCUCAGGUUUUUCCUCUCCCCAUCUCCCAGUGGCUUUGACUUCAUCCUUCAGCUCCUUGUGGGGUUGUCACUCUCCCAGGGCGUCAGCAGGGAGCAGAGAGCUCAAAUUUGUCUUGAUUUUAUUUUAACCACUCAGCUCUGCCCGCUUGCCCAGGCAAUAAAAUAAACAUUGGGCGACUUGUGGGGUUUUUCCUCAGGAAUGACACCAGAAUCUCGGCAUGUUUUGGUUAGAAAAUGACAGUAAGAAUGGCAGGAAUACAGGAAAGGUGAAAACAUUGAGUUGCAAAGUGAAACCCUCCUGCAGUGGAAGCAUUUGGGGUGUCUGUGACCUCCAGAACAAUCUCCUGUUUGUGAGGGGGAAAAUCGCAGAGACAGAGUUGCUCAGAGCUCUUGAGGCCCCAGAAAUUCCCAGUUUUUGUGCUGGAGGGAGCAGCAGGAAUUCCUGACCCCUGUGAGGGCCCCCCUGGAUCUGGGAUGGGGAUUGAGUGAGCGGCCCUGACCGAGGACACUCGGCCCAAAUCUGGGGCUGACUGCGGCAGGAGUUCCCCCUCACACCUCCCUGCUCAGGGCCAGAGAGGGGACAGGAGACUCCUGGCUCCCCUGGAGCUCUUUGAUCCCGCAGGGAAUAAUUCCCAGCACAGAUUUGGAGCAGUCCUGGUCUCUUGGUGCUGUUUGGGGCCUGUUUGUGCUCCCUGCUUCAGCCUUGCUGGAUCAGUAUGGGAAGCUGGGACUUUCCAGCUGUUCCAAACCUUAAUUUGUGUGUCCAGCCUGGAAUUUUCCUGGCAAAUGGGAAUGGCAGCAUUCCCUGGCUCUCCAGGGAGCUCCAGGCCCAGCGGGGAGUGGGUCAGGGAUGGUUCCAGAGGGGCACCAGGGGUAUUUUUGUGCCUCCCUCGUGCUGGGGAUUUUUGGGGGAGCACCAAAGCCCCCCUGGGGCUUCCUCCCCGAUUUUGGGGACGUCUCAGAGCCAGCUCUUGGUGGCUUCCUGUGGUUUCUCAGCAGUGACAGAUCCCCAGAGCAGCUGAGCAGGGACCUCAACGUCCCCCUUCAGACCUGAGCUCUGGGACACUGCUUCCCAUCUAAACCCCCCCAAGCUCUGACCUACAGACCUCAGCAUCACUGUGGGGUGAAACUUCAGCUCCCACCCACAAGGGAUGAAAUAAAACUCCAGGAGUGAGGGAUGA